UCAGUUGAUAACCAAACAAAUUUAGAUUUGAGCUGGUAUUGUUUGCGUGGCUAGAAAAUUACGUGUUCAUACUUGAUGUUAACUUUUUGGAUGAAAAAGAUAACAAUGCAACAAAAAUAGAGCUUAAGUGCUUUAGUUGCUGCCAAACAAAUUUAAGUGGCUAACUUGCAACCAAGCUGAAACUUAAAUGGCAUCCAGGGCAAUUAACCUAGUUCUGCGGUGACUUUGCCUCUCAGACUCGUGACUCUUUCUCUUUUUCGUCGCUGCUUGAGACUGGUGAGUGGUGAGCCAACCUCCAGUACUCCUCUCUCAUCUCUCAAUUAUAAAUUCAUACCAUCUUUCGGUUACGCCAGCAAUUGCGAGAGCACCGAGAUCGCCAAAUCAGUUUUGCCUCUCUGCUUCCAUAUCCACAGUCAGGUAGCUAGUAUGCAGUAGCUACUUGGGUUUUGAUGAAUUUCGUUUCCGUCUUGAUGGAUCUUGGUUUCAAUUAUAAAUUUUGUCAGGGGAUUCUCAUUUUCUAUUCUCGUGUUGCUUGUUUUCUGGGCCUCCAUUUUCCUGGUGGCUUUACAGUUGCUGGUUUGCAGUAUAUCCGAUCAAUGAGUUCCGAGAGUGCUAAAGAGGAUUGCCUUGCAUGGGCAGCCAGAGAUCCAUCUGGAGUUCUAUCCCCCUACAAGUUCAGCCGUAGGUCAAUCAGGGUGGAUGAUAUUUCCCUCAGAAUAACUCACUGUGGAGUAUGCUAUGCUGAUGUCGUCUGGACUAGGAAUAAACACCAUGAUUCUAAGUAUCCAUUGGUGCCAGGGCACGAAAUUGUUGGAAUUGUCCAAGAGGUUGGUCCCAAUGUGAGCCAUGUCAAACCUGGUGAUCAUGUUGGAGUAGGCACUUAUGUUAACUCUUGCAGGGAUUGUGACUCUUGCAAUGACAGAGAUGAAGUCAACUGUGCUAAAGGAUCUGUAUUCACCUUUAAUGGUGUUGAUUCCGAUGGUACAAUCACCAAAGGGGGAUAUUCAAGCUACAUUGUGGUGCACCAAAGAUACUGCUACAGAAUACCAGACGGCUAUCCUUUGGAAUGUGCUGCUCCUUUGCUUUGUGCUGGAGUUACUGUUUACAAUCCCAUGAUUCGUCAUAAAAUGAAUGAGCCUGGUAAAUCCUUGGGAGUCAUUGGGCUUGGUGGUCUUGGCCACAUGGCUGUAAAGUUUGGGAAGGCUUUUGGCCUGAAUGUCACAAUUUUCAGCACAAGUGAGUCAAAGAAAGAGGAAGCCUUGAGCGUCCUUGGUGCAGACAGGUUUGUUGUCUCCUCGGACGGAGAGCAGAUGAAGGCCUUAUCUAAAUCUCUGGACUUCAUAAUCGACACUGCAUCUGGUGAUCACCCAUUCGAUCCGUACAUGUCUAUUCUGAAGACUGGGGGUGUUCUUGUCCUUGUGGGCUUCCCAAGUGAAGUGAAAUUUAGUCCAGCAAGCCUCAUACUUGGUACAAGAACUGUAGCUGGUAGUGUAACUGGUGGAACGAGAGUGACACAGGAGAUGCUGGAGUUCUGUGCUGAACAUAAAAUUUACCCCAAAACAGAGGUGAUUCCAAUCCAGUAUGUCAAUGAAGCGCUGGAGAGGCUGAUAAAGAGAGAUGUGAAGUACCGGUUUGUGAUAGAUAUCGCGAACUCGUUGAAGUAAUCACCAUGAAGUAGAGGAAAUUUAAAAGAAAUAAACAGAAGGAAUAAUAAGGGCCAGUCCCAGAUAGAUUUCACCGUAUGUUGUGUGGUAAAGUCAAUUAUCUUAUGGGGAACAAACAGGCCUUCUCUUUUUACAGAUUUUUAAAGUACAAAUAACAGAUAGGUCUGCAGUUGCUGCGUUUAAGUUAUACACAGACAUCCAAUGUUCGCCUUCUCCCUCCUCUUCCUCUCAGUAUCAACCCCGGAGGAGUUAUAUAUGUUUUUAGUUUGAUUGAAUUUGAUGCAGGGAAUGUACAUAUACAUUGGCUGGUAAGCGAAUUUCGGCUGUCAUCUUAUCUGAUCUCAGUUCAUAACUGCCAUGUAUUCUGCCGACUUCUGUUGGUUUCUGUGGGGGGCGGAGCUAUUUUGUGUUGUGCUAACAGUACCAUCUAUACCAACUGCGUUUCCUUUCUGCCCUGCUCCUGCUGUUGUGGACAAAGCUGUAUGGUCUCCACUUUUUCCCCAUAGCACACUGUAUAGCCCUAGAAUGAUUAUCAGUGCCCCUACCAAGCUAAGGCCACCAGAGCACAAACAAAACAGUUGCUUCAUCAAUAUCACGAAGUUGCUGAGAGGAACUGCCAGAAAAGAAAAAUACAGGUACAAAGGCAAGACUCACCUGCCAAGAUGAAGUUGCUCCGCGAAAGCAAUGGAAGAGAAUGCCCCUACGAUCACAAGAAGCAGAGGACUGAACAUUGCAGCAAAUACAGGACCUUUUUUGCU